AGUAGCGACAGCUUCGAAACUGGCUAUUCCGGAGGAUUUUCUUGCAGGCUACUCGUGGGCUACUCAUAGUAGUUACAGCCUAGACACAUUAGACCGCUCGAAAACGGGCUGAUGACACCUUCGACGGCAGUUACCGUUAUGGGAAGAGGCAUUCAGUGGAAAGAGGUCUUUAUCGUGUGCGCUUUCACCUUCCUCUUCGUCUUUAUUCUCGAAAACCGCUCUGUGCAAGUCACAAUCUCCCCGCAAGCUGAAUCGAUAAGCGUGCAUCGACAUAUGCUUCUAUCGGGGUUCGAAUCCAUCCUGCUACCAACCGCUCGGGAUAUGCCGACACCAUCUUCCAUAAACUCCUCCGUUACUGUCUUCGCCUCUACAGUAACUGACAAUGCUACGGUACGGAAUGCCUCCUUAUUAAUAAACGGAGAAAUAGGUCACAAGCAGACCGUCCGUCCCUCUCGGCUUCACAUCGACAGCUUCGGUUUUCCUGGACCUGUGCCCUGGGAUUGGAUCCGGCCGUCCGUUCGCGAUAUGUACACAAUGAACGGUCAGAUUGCAGUGCAGCCGUUCUUCUUCAACUCCGACGCCCCAGAUUCAGGCGCGGUUGCUCCCAUCUGGACGGACGAACAAAUCGACGGCAUGCUUGAGGUGGCCCGCUCGAGAAAUUUGUCAUCCGGGCAGCUCAGCGGCUACGACGAUUCGUCAUCGUUGUUUUUUUUCGAGGCGUUUGACCGUUACCCGAUAAGAGGGAAAAGCAUACUCGUUAUUGGCAGCCAGACGCCAUGGGUGGAGGCCAUCUGCAUCGCAGCUGAAGCAGGGUCGAUCACGACCGUCGAUUUCAACCCCUCCUGUGGUGUCGCACCCAAGGAUCAAGUCGAUUUCGAUCGACCAAUUAGACGCGACGGAUGACGUGUACGACGUGAUCGUUUCGUUCUCGUCGAUUGAGCAUGACGGAUUGGGGAGAUACGGCGACCCCAUGAACCCCACAGGCGACCUACAGCGCAUGAAGAAGCUCCAGGGUUUGGUGAAACCCGAAGGGCUUUUCUAUUUGGGAGUGCCUGUGGGCAAUGACACACUUGCUUUUAACGGGCACAGGGUGUACGGCCCACUGCGGAUGCCUAAGCUUAUUGAGGGGUGGAAGCACCUGGACACAGUUGGGGGGAAGUUGGAAGAUUUGUUUGCCCAGUAUCAAAACGGUGGCUUUAUACAGCCAAUUCUUAUCUUGCACUAUGUGCCUUAGUGGCUUGGUUAAGUUGCCCAUUUCCAUACUUCAGUUGCCUUGGCAUGUUUUGAUAUUGCUGAUGCACACUGUCACAUGACACAUCCUGCUAUUUU